AUGCUAUUUCCAGCAGCUCCGGACUUCUUUCUCCAAAGGAUGAUUGGUGCUGCCAUGGAAACUCCUCACUUGCUCUACGCUCUUCUGGCGUCUGCAUGCAGUCACCACAGUCGUCUUAUCAAAGACUCAACUCCGAACCCAAAGGUGACUUGUCUGAAAUAUACGAACAUGGCGAUAUCUAGUUUGCGCGAGACGCUUCAAGAUGCAAACCAGUCGCUCAAAGCUGAAACAAUUACAACGGCAAUGGCUUUGUGUACGAAUGAUGUCUGCAAUGGAAACAUGCAUGUUUGGCGAACACAUCUCCGUGGUGUCCUUCGUUUGCUGGCUGCGUGUCUGCAGCACCAAAGAGAGACAUACGCCACCGACGAUCCAUUCUUGCUAUCAUUAGCCAAGUGGUUCAAGACUAUGGAUAUCAUCGCAGCCUUGUCGGGACUUGACGGAGAGUGCAUUCACGAUCCCGAGGAUGGACCGUUGGAUAGAGGUUCGAUCUUGGGAAAUGACUUCGUUGAUAACAUCUGCGGCUACUCAAUCGACCUGAUUCCGUACAUGGCACGGAUAUCUCACAUGGUCCACUCUAAAAGGCCCGAGAAUAGGCCUGCGAGCACUAGCCUCGGUGAAGUGGCAUCACCUCAGAUGAUUACCAAGGUAGAAGUUCUCGAAAGCGGCAUAAUGUCUUUGAUAGACAAGCCUAUUUCUGAUCCAACAUUCCGGGAAGGUGAAGCCUUUGCCACCGAGUUGAGAAGCACACAUCUUGCUUUUGUGCAUUCUGCUUUACUGCACCUCCACCGCCGAGUCCAGCUGCUACCAAUAAAUCACGCCAAAGUCAGAUUAGACAUCCAGAAUAUCCUCGACGCUGUUCGAAAUAUCAAUCCCACAUCAACGGCAAAUAUCUUGAUCUUAUGGCCAGUGUUCAGCGCAGGGUGCGAGACGACUAUUUCCAGUGAACGAGACAUGAUACGAGAGCGAAUGGGCAUAAUGCAAAACUUCGGAAUGGGAAACUUUACGAGAACUCGUGAUCUUCUGGAAAAGUUCUGGAAAUCCGGCAGCGAGUUACGGUGGGAUGAAUACUUUGCACGACUUGGGCUUGAGCUGGUCCUCUUUUAG